AUGGAUAAGGAAUGGAUACAUUUGCCUUCAAGGCUUGUACCUGAGUAUGAAGAAGGUGUACAAAAAUUUCUUACACAAGCUAAGAAAUAUGCCAAAACACGUGAAGUAAUCUUAUGCCCUUGCAAGUAUUGUAAAAACAAAAAGUAUAUGAAAUUUGACCAAGUGUACGAUCACUUAAUUAUUAAGGGGUUUGAUCCUUCUUACACUAUUUGGGUCUUCCAUGGAGAAACUUAUAACCGACAAUAUCAAGGUGAAGGUAGUUCAGGAGAAUUUCAGAAAGAUGAUGAAAGUAGAGAGGCAUAUCACUUAUAUAAGGUUGCCUUUAUGCCAGAAGAAGAGGUUGGAUACACUAUGUCUGAGGCAAAAGAUAACGACUUUGCUAGUUUAUUAGAAGAUGCAGAAACUCCCCUCUUCCCUGGUUGCACAUCUUACACAAAGUUAUCAGCAGUCGUCACAUUAUACAAUUACAAGUCUACUAAUGGUCACACAGACAAUAGUUUCAAUGAGCUCCUUAAGAUCUUAGGUGACAUGCUUCCAGAAAAAAACACACUUCCAGAAACUGUUUACUCGAUGAGAAAAUUGUUAAAACCAUUUGAUUUAGGAUAUGAGAAGAUUCAUGCUUGCCCAAAUGAUUGUUGUCUAUUUCGAAAGGAGAUUAAAAAUCUGGAUACGUGUCCAAAGUGUGGUUCAUCAAGAUGGAAGGUGGACAAAGUCACCACCAAAGUUUUUAAAGGGGUUCCAGAAAAGGUGCUACGGUAUUUUCUGAUGAUACCAAGAUUUAAAAGGAUGUUUAAAUCAAAAGAAAAAGCUGAAGAGUUGACUUGGCACUCCAACCACAAAAGUCAAGAUCACAUGAUGCGUCAUCCAGUUGAUUCAGUAGCUUGGGAUACAAUAAAUCAUAAAUGGCCAGAUUUUGCAUCAAAUCCUAGAAAUCUGCGCCUUGGCCUUGCAACCGAUGGAUUCAACCCUUUUGGCGACCUUAGUUCUAGAUAUAGUUGUUGGCCCGUUAUUUUGGUAAAUUAUAACCUUCCUCCAUUGAUGUGCAUGAUGAAAGAAAAUCUUAUGUUGACAUUACUAAUUCCAGGUCCAAAGUAA